AUGUCCCCUCUUUUCCCCCAUCGAUCCCCUCCACCCCACUCCUGUUCCCUUGGUCAUGGUCAGAGAAGGUUCACUGUGGACCUAGAGGUGCGUGCUGAGACCCCAGCGGAAGAUCCCUACCUAUCAGAGGUAAAUAAAGGAGACAGACCCUCUAUUAAAAACCAUAUGGAAAAAUGAGAAAACAAACAAAAAUCCUGUUCCUUCACAGAUAGUUCAAUGAACAUCCGGCUUCGUGGGAAACCUAACACAAAACACCAUAGUUGACAUUUCUGUUGUUUGAGGAAAUCACCUGAGUUUGCAUUUAGUCUAUAUGUGUGACCUUUUUUUUUUUUUUUUUCCAGGGGUGGAGAGGAAGCUAUGCCAAAUUGAUUAGAAACAAUACAUUUAUACCUAAUACACAUUAUCUCACGUCAAAAAUUAGUUCGGCCAAGCCGUAAAAAUUAUCCCAGAACAUCUGAAUUGUUUUGGCUACUUCUUCCUGCUCAUCCCUGUCUUCAUGAGCUCCUCCAAACCCAGCGCCGAGUCUCAGGCUGCAUUUGACAAAGCUGCUGAGGAAGUGAAGCGCCUCAAGAGCAAGCCAACGGACAAUGAGCUGCUGUUCCUCUACAGCCACUACAAACAAGCCACUGUGGGGGACAUAGAUAAAGAGCGGCCAGGGAUGCUGGACUUCAAGGGCCGGGCUAAGUGGGAUGCAUGGAAUGAGCUGAAAGGAACUGCCAGGGAAGAUGCCAUGAAAGCUUACAUCAGCAAAGUAGAAGAGCUAAAGCAAAAAUACGGAAUGUAGGGACUGGCAGAGCACACUCUGA